CGUGCCUUUAGGGUAUAUAUUUAAAAGUAAGACAAAACCGUCACUAAAUCUGCCGUGAACGCUGAAGUAGUGCUAAAAUGCACUUCUGGUACGGAGCACUGUUAGUUUGCGGACUAAUUUGUGGCAGAUGCGCGGAUGAAAACGAUGACACCCUAGUUUUGGUCCAUGUGCUUUUUAGGCAUGGGAACAGAACGGCGCAUGGUAAAUUGGAACUGUACCCCAAAGAUCCCUAUUACAACAAAACUUAUUUUCCGAUUGGCCUGGGACAGCUAACAAACGCUGGCAAACUUAAGGAAUACCAAAUUGGUGUCCAGUUAAGAGAUAGGUACAAUGAAUUUUUGGGCGAAACCCUUUACCCUAACAUGAUUGAUGCAAGAUCGACAAACUACAACAGAACGAAAGAUUCUUUAUUGUAUUGUUUAGCUGGUCUUUCGCCUCCGACUGGAUCAGAAGUUUGGAGUGACUCUUUGGCUUGGCAAGCAAUCCCCAUAAAUUAUUGGCCAAUUGAUAAGGACGAGGUACUUUAUGGAAUCGGAUGCCCGAAUUAUAAGAAGUUGUACGAGGAGAACAAAUACUUGCCAAAGUAUCAAGCAGAAUAUGAUUUGCACAAGGAACAAUUUGAAUAUAUUUCAGAAAAUUCUGGGCUUAAUGUUACUAGUUUUGAAGAUAUUUUCAAUUUAUAUUUUGGUAUAUCGACUGAAGUGGAAUUUGGUUUGGAACAGCCAGAGUGGCUAAAGAAAGUCUGGCCAGAUAUAAUAAUUGAAUUAGCCGUAAAAGAAUAUCAUAUAGCAACUGCAACUACAGAAUUAAGAUCGUUGACUUCAGGUUAUUUUUUAAAGAAGAUUGUGCAAGAUUCCAAAAAUAAAAUCAAAGAAGAUCCAGAUGAUGAAUUCAAGAAGAAGUUAUAUUUGUACUCAGCCCAUGAAACUAACAUUUCUCACCUUCUAAUCACGCUGGGAGUGUUUGAUGAAAUUAUUCCUAACUACGGUUCUUAUGUGAUCUUCGAACUUCACAAGAUCAGCGGCGUAUAUGGCUUAAAAAUUUAUUAUCAAAAUUAUGAAUCGAGCGAACCAAAAUUGAUGAAGUUGCCCGGAUGCGACGAGUUUUGUCCACUUGACCAGUUUAAUUCUUUGUAUGAAGAAUAUUUCCCAAUUGAAAAUGCCUGUGGUUAUUGAAAUGUUGUGACACAAUUAUAUAAAUAAAUAAAUCAA